GCGGGGAGGAUUAGUGGGAGUUUGCUGUGUAAUGGCGGCCUCGGUGUUGCUCUCUGCGGAAAGCACCGUGCCCACUUUCGCUGUCGGUAAUCCCGGUGCGGCAGGGGCCGCCGCCAACGGCUUAUCUGCACCGGGACCCGCGUCUUGGAAUCGGUCGCUGGACCGAGCUCUUGACGAGGCCGCGGCCACCGGGUGCCUGAAUCUCAGCGGCAGGAAGCUGAAGGAGUUUCCGCGGAGCGCCGCCAACCACGACCUAACCGACACGACCCGGGCCGACCUGUCCCGGAACAGGUUGUCGGAGCUGCCAGUGGAGGUGUGCAUGUUUGUGUCACUGGAGAAUCUGAAUUUAUACCAGAACUGCCUGCGCUCGCUGCCAGAAAGUUUGAUUAAUCUACAGGCCCUUACGUACCUGAACAUCAGUCGGAACCAGCUGUCCACCCUGCCUGCUCAUGUGUGUAGUCUGCCCCUGAAAGUGCUGAUUGCUUGCAACAAUAAAUUAGUAUCCUUGCCCGAAGAGCUCGGCCAGCUCCGACAGCUUACUGAGCUGGAUGUGAGCUGUAAUGAGAUCCAGACUCUGCCUUCUCAGGUCGGCCAGCUUGAAGCUCUGCGAGACCUGAACAUUCGCCGAAACCACCUUGUUCGCCUGCCUCCUGAGUUGGCCGAGCUGCCACUAGUACGUUUGGAUUUUUCCUGUAAUAAAGUGACUUUGAUUCCAGUAUGUUACCGCAACCUCCGCCACCUCCAAAGCAUUGUGCUGGACAACAAUCCCCUUCAGAGUCCUCCUGCACAGAUCUGUAUCAAGGGGAAGAUCCACAUAUUCAAGUACCUGAACAUGGAAGCAUGUAAAAUAGCUCCAGACCUUCCUGACUAUGACAGGAGGCCCCUUGGCUUUGGUUCUUGUGUGGAUGAGCUGUAUCCAGGCCGACCAUACGGAGCUCUGGACUCUGGGUUUAACAGUGUGGACAGCGGAGACAAACGAUGGUCAGGCAAUGAACCCUCUGAUGAGUUGUCAGACCUUCCACUGAGGGUGGCAGAACUAACCAAAGAGCAAAGACAAAGGAGAGAACGAGAGAGGGAACGAGAUGAGCACAGGACGGGGUCACUCCUGGCCAACGGAACAUUGGAGUCAGAGCUUGAGCAGAUAGACUUUAUUGACAGCUGUACAGGGGAGGAGGAUGAAGAGGAGGUGCGAAGCAGAGGAGGAGAACCAGUCAGUCUCAGCUCACAGUUUAUGGCAUAUAUUGAAAGACGAAUCUCCAGAGAGGGGUCUCCAGUCAAGGCCAGUUACCCUAGAGAUGCAAGAAUCGAUGAUUCAAGACGCUAUGGCUCUUCACACAACCGUGUAACAGAUACAGUCAGUACAUUGUCAUCCCCUUCUCACAGCCAGCGGGCAGUAUCAGGCUCUGGAGUGGGGUUGGAGCGCAUGCGGAGGGAAGCUCAGCUUGCAGCACAGCGGUACGAAGAGGAGAGGCAGAAAGCAAGAACCGCACAGAGAGACGCCGUAAGAGGUUAUGUUAAGCAUAAGUCAACUCAGAGUCCCACUAAACUCAGUCCUACAGACAGUGAGACCCUGUACCCCUCCAGACGCUCUACUCACACAGAUGACUCCGCCCUCUUUAUGAGUGAUUUCGAGCCCUUAAUGGUCUUUGAAAUAGACAUAGACACCAACACUAUAAAGAAGAGGCCAGGUCCUUCCAAACAGUCUGUCACGGGUAAACCAGCGGAUGGGUGUGUCUCUCCACCCAUAGACACUGCCCCCUCCUGUUUAUUGCAGCAAGGGGAAGAUCGUGCCUCUCUCUCCCCCACAGCCCUCCAAUCACCUACUUACCCCGGCCCUGCUGCCCCGCCCUCCUGCCGCGGAGCCACUCAGCGUCCCGAGAGUUUCCUUUUCCGUCUCAGCCAAAGAGAGGAGAAAAAACGAGGAGAAUCAAGGGCUGGGAGGCCAGAACCUGAAGAUGUGACUGCCACACCAUCUCCAGCUUCAGGUCCCACAGGAGAGGAGGCUGAACUAGUCGAACAGCUGAGAAAGAAUAUCGAAUCUCGGCUGAAAGUAUCCUUGCCCAGUGACCUGGGGGCAGCCCUGACGGACGGUGUUGUGCUGUGUCACCUGGCCAAUCAUGUCCGGCCUCGAUCAGUACCCAGCAUCCAUGUGCCCUCACCUGCAGUGCCCAAACUGACAAUGGCGAAGUGUCGGCGGAAUGUGGAAAACUUUUUGGAGGCGUGUCGCAGAAUUGGGGUCCCUCAGGGAUGCCUGUGCUCAGUUGCUGAUGUUUUGGAGGGGGAGGUGCUGCACUUAUACAGGCUUCUCGAAGCUUUGCUUUCUCUGGCACCUCCUCUGCGGCCCUCGCCUCCUUCCCAGCUGGCUGGUUUUGCCCUCUUCUACCUGUCAGUUAUGUCCCUGCUCUGCGUCCUCUACUGCCACCUGGUGCCCCGCAUUUAAAUUGCACUUAAUCUGAACAACAGUGUGCAAGUGAUUAUUAUUUGUGACCAGUUUGUAAAGCACACCUGACCUUGUCAGCUUAUGCGUAUUAAUAUCUGAAUACACUUAAGAAAUUGCACGAAAUGUACGACACAGUAUUCUGAACAGCAGGUUGCAGAACUCAGUGACGAAGCACAACAGAGAGAGAGAAUGCUACCUCUCAGCCUUAAGAAUGAGGAACAAGCCUGCUUUUGGAUGCUGCCUGCUAGCUAAAUGUGUGUCACCAGCUGUGCUUACAUAUUUCUACGUUGCCCCAUUGUUUGAAAGAGGGGUUUUUAUAUAGGUCUGUUGCAAGGACAAAUUGAGCUCUUUGUGAGAAGGACAAGGCAAAGCCCUUCUUCUUCUAUUAUUAUUAUUAUUAUUAUUAUUAUUAUUAAUAAUUAUUAUU